ACACAUGGUCUGUACUCCUCCCCACCCACUUUGUCUCUGGCAACAGGUACAACAUUAACGCAUGAAGAGUAAAUACACAACAUGAUAUAAGUGCUCAAAAUUGCUGCUGCCAUAUCGCUAUAGCCUAAAUCAAUAAGAAAAAUGACAAACCAGUCUCUUCAUAUCAACAUAGACAAGUGGAUUAAGGAGAAUGAGGCUUCUUUCUUACCACCUGUCUGCAACAAAUUAAUGUUCUUCUAUCAAUUAAAUAUCAUGUUUGUUGGUGGUCCAAACAUACGGAAGGAUUACCACAUAGAGGAGGGUGAAGAGCUAUUUUACCAGAUCCGGGGAGACAUGGUCUUGAAAGUGAUAGAGAAUGGCAAACACAAAGAUGUGCAUAUCCGUGAAGGAGAGAUGUUUUUGCUGCCAGCACGAAUCCCCCACUCUCCUCAGAGACAGGCCAACACAGUGGGACUAGUGGUUGAGAGGAGACGACUGCACUCAGAGACAGACUGUCUCCGGUACUAUGUGGAUAAUAGCACUGACAUCCUGUUUGAGCGCUGGUUUUACUGUGAGAACCUGGGCACUCAGCUAGUUCCAGUUAUUCAGGAGUUUAUGGCAUCGAAGCAGCAUAAGACUGGAAAACCUGACCCAGCUGAACCUAUCAAGCCACCACCUUACCUACUCAACACAAUGAAUGUGAUGACCCCGUUCUGCUUCAAAGACUUGGUGGAGAAGCAGAAGCCUGCACUGGUCAGCAGAAGACCUCUGGACAUGUUUGGAACUCAGUUUGAGACUGAGGUUAUGCUAUUUGGUCCUGGAGAAUCAGAGACAUCUAAAAGAGCCUCCGAUGGAUGGAUCUGGCAGCUAGAGGGAUCCUCAAGUGUCUCUAUGAAUGGCCAAGACUACAAUCUCUCUGUGGGGGACUGUCUUUUGGUACUUGCACUGACAGAGUAUCACUGGCAGAGGGCUGAGAAUUGUGUUGCUUUGUACGUUGUUCAAAAUCCAGAGAGGAAGAGGCCUUUCUAGACAUUAACUGAACCGAACUGAUGGAUGAACUGAAGAGAGAGAGGUCGACUGUAAAGCCCGCCUACCGAGAAAACUGAAAGGUUAGUUAGCACAAAGAAAGACCAAUCAGGCCGCGCACUGUGUCACUCUCACCAGGUCUGUCACUUGCUCUCUCUGUUUCUCCAGAGCCCAUCUGCCAUUAAAAGUUUAACUCUCUUGCUCGAUCUAUAAAAAAAAAAAAAAAAAAAAUUUCUGGGAUAUUGUAUAUAAUUUGCGUCAGGGAGCUGCUAUUAAAAUACAGGA